AUGUUGGUGUUGAUGCUAGUAGCGACCUUGCAACUCUGCUCGAUGGCCAGAGCUCAGCCGCUGUGCCGUAUUCACACAGUGAGGACAGGAAAGACGUUUGGUGUUGGACAGCAAGCUCAAGGGGACCUCCUGUAUUUUUCAUUUAUGACAACACGCUUGAUUAAACAUCCUUGUAAGAAAAACAUAGCCUUGUAUCUAGGACGACAACUUUUUUUCACAACAAAUAACUUUGAGAGUAGUCUCCUUCCAUUUGCCAUCCCUACGUCAAUGCAGGUUGGCAUACCAGAAGUAACAUCGGCACAUUUUGCUGGUUCGGUAUUGCUCUUAGUAGUGAAUCAAAAAGUCUAUAUUUAUGAUUAUGAAGCCAGUUCCUGGAGUGCAUCUACAGGUAUAAAACACCCUGUCUCACAUAUUUCUGGUGACAAUUGUUGCUAUAGUGAACAUCCCUUUUGCUUGGAAAUAAGUAAUUCCAUUUUUGCUUAUGUGCAUGGAGAUCAGAUAUCUCAGGCCAACAUAUAUUUCUCAAAGUCCUGGGGAUACAGAUUUCAGAAGUAUGCCCAUGAAGGACAGGCAGAACUAGUCGGGUCUUUGGGUGGGAUCUUCUACUUUCACUCCUUGUCCCAGGUUGGCCUGCUUCUCAUCGACCAGGGGAGGGCCAAGUUCUGGUACUUGGACCACCCCCUGAACUACAGUUUUGGGCUGCCCUUUGACUACAAUGGUACUCUUGACAUCCUCAUCACCCCGGGCCAGAAAGGCAUUCUGAUCUUCUGGUUCGAGAAAAGCCUGUUAAUUUCCAAAAAUGCAGGUCAGCUCGUCAACCCUGUCCGUGUGCGAGAGGGACGGCGCACCUUGCAUUCCAUUUUUGAAGCCAACAUCACCAUCUACAACGUGGCUGCCAAUGAAAAUGAACUGGCAGUUUUAACUCAGGAGAGUAAUUUGUAUUAUGGCAGCCUGGGAAUCCUGACAAGUUUUCUAAUCAAAUUUGCACACCAAAACAUCUGGUCCCAAGAGGCAGCCCUGAUGUUCACUAACCCGGGGAUGCUUGAAAUCCUGACCCCACUUCCUGAUUCAGUUUUUCCAGCUUUUGAUUUCCAGAAGUGCCCCGUGAACAUUCAGGCAAUUCUCAUGGACCCCCAACUCCAAGUUGACGUCUGCAAAGUAGAAAUUCUGCAAGGAGAUUUUGAUAACAAAAUGUACAUCAUUGAUAUGAACAGCGAAUUGGAGUUGACCGCCCUGAUGAUACCCAGGCCAGGCACGUCACCCGUCCCACUCGCAACGGUGAGCAAUCCCCACUCUUUGGGGCUUCAGGCCAUCAUCUACGAAGACGGCUACACCUACGAAGGGAACACCAAGUACAGGCUGAACAUUUCCCUGAGGCAGCAGCACCUCUGGGGCAGGACUGACCCCAACUUCACCUCCAGCAUAAAGAGACCCACAAUCUCCACCAUCACUGUGGACAUUGCCAACAAGGAAAUUUCGUGCGUGGACCUCAAGCCCCUGACGGCGCUCAUUUCAGUUGGUUGUGACCUGACGAAAAAGAUCAUCAUUCAGAAUGAAAUCUCAGCCUGUUACAAAGGCUUCCUCGACCCCGUGGCCCUUCAGGACAAUUACAGCUACGUCAUUGAGAAGGAAGCCUAUGACCCCAACUUCCGAGGGCAGCCGGCCACCAAGGACCUGGUGGUGCAUUACCCUUACGAGAAGCUGGGCUGUCCCCUCCUUGUCUACUACAACACCCCAUGGAAGCCCGUGAUGGAACUGUGGCGGGAAGGAAAGUUCCAGGAGAUUGUCGAGGCAGAGUUCGUCCUGCUGGAGGUGAACGGGCUGUUUACCUACACGUACUCCCUGACGGCGGGCACCGCGCUCUGCAUUUCCCAGCCGCAGAACUGGACCACCAUCCUGGAGAACGCUGGUGACAAGGGGCCCUUCGCCUGGGACCGAGAGAACUACGUGAGCUGCCACGAUCCCAACAGCGAUGCUCCCUUGAAAUGGCCAAAAGCUCGAUAUCAGAUCUUGGGAGGCCCAACAGCAAACAAGGUCGUUUUUGACCAAAGGAACGGAAUCUAUGUCUUUUUUAUUUCUGUCGUGGACCCAUACUACAGCUACUGUUGGCUGGAGACCACCUUCAGUGUUUAUGUGUAUGGGGCACUCCCACGGAUCUCCAUCCCACUGGAGAUCACCAUCAUCGUGCUCAUGCUGGCGAUCCUGCUGUCCGUGUGGCUGGCCUACAUGAUUCCCACACUGCUACGCACGGAGAAGGGCCACGGGUUCAAAGGGUUCUGGGUCAGUCUGUGCAAAAGGUGUAGAAAGUCAUGUGCGUGUUUCCAAAGCAGGCGCUGA